UUCACAUAAUGAUGCAAAGUAAGCAGAGUUUGUUAAUCAGUUGAGCUAAUGAACUAUUGAAAUAAGAAAUCCAAUCAUUUUCUGUCUUUUAUGAGGUUUUAUAGUCAUCCACAUUGGACAGGGUGGGGAGGGACUUCAUGAAAUUAUUAUAGUUGGUUGAGGAGAGGAACCUUCUUCUUUUUAUUAUUAUUUAAUGCAUCUACCUGGUAUUUCAGGAGAACAGACCACCUCCGAGUCAUGUAUAAGUGUACUGUAAUGUAAAAUAUAAUUUGAUAUUUCUUUAUCAAACUGAGCUCUAUGUUAUCUAUCGAGUCUUCACUAGGCGGCGGUAACCCUCCGGUUGGUGGCAAACCCCCAUUCAAAAGAGAAGAAGAAAGUUGUCUUCUCGCGAGAUUUCACUUGAAAAUAACGCGGGACACUGUGAGCAAUGUAUCCGUUGAAUUACAGUGACAGCAUCCAGUCACUCGCAGGGUAACAAAUGUUUAACUAACUUGUAAUAAACAACCCUGUUUUCAGCUUUGCGCCGUUUUCUGUAAUACUUUCCGGAUCUGUAACAACGCAGUUCAUCACGGUAAACGCGAUUGUUUACCGUUGGCCAGCGUUUUUUUAGCUACCACCAGCUGACCCAACGUUAGCUCUGUUUAGCUAACUUUAGCUCCGUUUCCAAAUGGACCCCACGGAGGAUUUGUCUGCUCGCGUCCUGCUGCAACAUAUCCUCAGCACCGAGCCCACCAGGACGCCCAUCACCCGCAGUGCUUCCAAAGCAAGGACUACCACCGCGACCCCGAGCAGCGCCAGAAGGAGCAAGAAAGAUGCUCGUGGCCAAACCCCGCAGGACAUCCUGCGACGAAGCCUGAGGCACAAAUUACGCCAGAGUAUAACCAGACCCAGCGUCACAAAGGCGGCCUCGGCCUCCGUCGUGCACGGACGGCUGAGCACGCCGGCCCCGACCUCGUUGCUGCUCGAUGAUGGAGACACACCGAGGCACAUACUUAGGAACAUCCUGCGAACAGAGCCUGUGAAGUCUCCUGUGGUUCAUGGGAAAGAAGAGUCACCACCAUCUUCAGCAGACUUCAGCAUCACUGGGAAGCGCACGAGUAUUGAGCUGUCUGGGUUGGAUUUGCCUGAUAUAACUAUUGGUAUCGCUGCGAGUACCGCAAAAGGACUGGCCAGAAAAAGACCGCGUCGGAGUUUCAAUGUGACGGCUUUUGAAAAGCGUCUUAAAGAUGGAGAAGAUGUUGGGGAGGAAAAUGAACAAUCAAUAGGCGAUCAUUCAUCACUUGCGUCGUUGAGUUCCACUUCUUUGAGUCUAAAAACUCCCUUUGUGGAUCUCCGGACCGAGAGAAAAGGCCUCCAGAGAAGAGUUUCUAACCGUCGGAAGAUCACAGUGGAGGAAUUUGGGGCUGCUGUUCAUAAAAGGCAGACAGGAGGAGUAACAAGCUUUGUGCAGGAGGAGCAAGGUCUCAGUGAGACCGCCAACUCCGAAGGCUUCACUUUGGGGUUAAGCAAACUCGGCGAACCUGAUAUCACGACUGAUAUCCUCCACUGCAACACGGCCCUCUACCCCCAGCCGGAGUCCAUGACCUCCAGCUUUUCAAUCAUUGCAACCCAGGACAAACCCACCGUGAUGGCGUCUCAGCUUCAGCGUCUGAUCGAGCAGGAGGAACCGAUGGAGGCGGAGCGCAGCGAGCUGGGUGAAGAGAAACCAACCCACGCAUUCCCAUAUGAAGAGGGCGCUGAACCUGAGAACGAGGAGGAAGAAGAAGAUGGAGCAGGAUCACAAACCAGUGUAAGGAGUGAUGCCGACGAGUCUGAGGAAGAGGAGAUCAGAGUGGGAACUCACACCGAUGCGGAAGACUCUCCAACCGAAGAAGAAGUUGCAGUUGAAUCUCAAACCGAAGGAGAACAUGGUGGAGUUGAUUACCAGCAUGAAGAGGACGUUGACGCCAGGACUCAAUCCGAGGAGGAGGAGGCUGCUGCAGAGUUUCGAACCGAUGAUGAAGGUGCGGGUGACUCUCAAACGGAAGAAGAACAAGGUGGAGUUGAUUACCAGCAUGAAGAGGACAUUGACGCCAGGACUCAAUCCGAGGAGGAGGAGGAGGAGGAGGCUGCUGCAGAGCUUCGAACCAAUGAUGAAGGUGCGGGUGACUCUCAAACGGAAGAUGUUGCAGUUGAAUUUCUUAUCGGAGAGGAAGUUGUAUUUGAAUCUGUAAUCGGAGAGGAAGUUGUAGUUGAAUCUCAAACCGAAGAGGAAGAGGAAGGCGGUUCUCAAACUGAAGGUGAACUGGAUGGAGAAGAUUCCCAGAAUGAAGAGGAUGCUGCACCGGAUUCUCAAAGGGAGGAAGAAGAUGUAUUUGAAUCCCAAAUUGAAGAAGAGGGCGCUGUUGAUCCACGCUCCGUAGCGGAUGUUAUCGAACAUCAAAGCGAUCAAGAGGAUCCUGCUGCAGAUUCUGGAUCUGAAGACGAGCAUGACGGGAGGCCGGAGGAGGACGGUGCUGAGCCUGACUUGGAGCACGUGAGUCUGAGGGCUCAGCGCUCUGAGGGUGGAGCCAUCAUGCCUGUCAUAGUUGCCGGGGGAGAUUUGGCAGACGCCACAGAGGCAGGGUGUUCAGAGUCCAGAGCCUACGGUAGCAUGGAAAUGAACGACCAUGAGAGCGGUCAGCGGCAUAUGGGGGUCACUGAGGUCACCGAGGCCCAGCGACGGACUGGUGCUUUUUACUCAGAGGCCGAGUCCGAUGCUGAUGAAGAGAACUCGUUCGGUCUUCCCGAGGUGGCUCCUGAUGUUGAAGACGGAAGACACCCGAGUGUUGGUUCACCUGAAGUAGAUGCUGCCCAGGACUCACCUGAGCAGGUGGAAGAAUGGGAGGACGAAGAGGAUGAUGAAGACAGUGAUGAGAUCCCCAGCAAGACUCCUGCAUUCGUCAAACAGAAAAUAAACUUUCUUCAGCCCGAUCCUCUGGCCUCACCUCAAUUUAAGAAUAUUCAAGCAAGCAGCAGCACAGGCGAAGGUUUUCCUGCUCCUAAACCAAAGCGGGUGAGAAAGAGGGGGAAGGGGCCGGCUAAAAAGGAAACCGACCUUCCUAAGAGCUACCUGAUGGCCGUCUUCAAGCACUUUGCCAAAACAAAGGUCUCUACAGAUGUUUACCCCGUCCUUAAUGAAAUAAUGGAUAAAUACUUUGACCGGCUGGCGGAGGACUUGGAGACGUAUGCGGCUCAUGCAAAGAGAAAAACCAUAGAGGUCGAAGAUGCUGAACUUCUGUUGAAGAGGCAGGGUUAUGUGAGCGACAAGGUGCCGGUGGAAGUGCUCAUUGAGAAAUAUCUUCGUAUGGACCAGCGGAAACUUCUGAUCCCUAUAGCCACCAGUGGAAAUGUUGUUAUCCCUAAAAAGCGGAGAUGAAUAUGUUUAUAUAGAGCAAAACCAAUGUUGUGUUUUCAUCUUAUCACUUCUGCAUAUUAGUUGUGUAUUCUUUUGAUUUUGACAAAUAUCUCUAUCUAAUAUUUGGUUUUCUGUAAAUGUGUAAAUAUUUGUUGACAAAAGAAGUGUUUUUAAUGAUAUCUGUGUGGAGUCAAGUGUGACUAUAAUAUACCUGUACGUAAUGCAACCUUUGGCUCAUUUAUCCUUUUGUGUAGUCCUUCAAAUUAAUAAUAGAUUUCAAAUAAAGGUUUCUGAUUCCUAUUUUAUACAUAAGUUGACACUUUUUAACCGCAGUAUUCUUCCCGCGGAGCUGCUUUGUGAAAGUUUUAAGCUCCUAAUUGUAUCUAAGUCAUGAUAAUGCAGACGGACGUGAUGUUAGUUUUGCAGGCACGGUGGUGCAGUUAGGCCUGUCUCAGAGGUUUCCACCCACAAACAUCACUCCUGAGAAUUCCUUCUAAGCAAAGUAAUGUAACUGGAUAAACGGUUAACCCAAACCUUUUCACUUACGACCCACUUUGGAGGAAGAAAAAUGUU